ACAAGGGAUAUCCCAAAGACUCCAAAGCAAUUUCUAGUCUCAUGGGUCCCUCGUGCUAAGAAAGAAAUCACUUUAACCAAAGAUCAACAAAACUUAGCAGAAACUGAAGAUGAAUACAACUUAAGAUUACAACAAGUUAAUGAAAUGGGACGUUUCAAGAAAUAUCUACCAAUUAUCACUACAGGUGCUGGUUUAUUUAGUGAUGGUUAUGUUAAUAACUCUAUUGGUACUGCUUCAACUUGUCUUAAGUUACUAUAUCCAAAGGAAUACGGUUCAAGUCCUGCUAUUAGAAACGUUACCUCAAUUGCGUUUGUUGGUACUGUCGUUGGAAUGUUAAUCUUUGGUGUUAUAUCUGAUUAUCAUUCAAGAAAAUUUGCAAUGUUGGCAGGUACAAUCAUUUUAAUUGUCUUUACAAUCUUGUGUUCAGGUGCUUGGGGUGCACAUGAUUCAAUUCAUGGUAUGUUGGCUGCUUUAACUGCUUACAGAUUCUUUUUAGGUGUUGGUAUUGGUGCUGAAUACCCAGCAGGUUCCACUGCAUGUGCAGAAGCUAGUGCCUUAUUACCUCCUGGUAAAAGAAACCGUUGGUUUUGUUGGUUUACUAAUUUUAUGAUUGAUACUGGGUUUGUUGUUAGUUCUUUUGUUCCAAUGGUUAUGUUAUGGAUAUGUACUCCAAAACAUUUAACACCAGUUUGGAGAGUCACUAUUGGGGUUGGUGCUAUUCCACCAAUUUCUUUAUUUAUUUUACGUCUUUUCUAUAAAGAAGGUGAAGUUUUCCAAAAGACAAGAUUUAAGAAGGUUAGAGUUCCAUAUUGGUCCAUUUUGAAGUUUUAUUGGUUUAGAUUAACUAUUGUUUCAGUCAUUUGGUUUAUUUAUGAUUUUUCAGUCUAUGCCUUUGGGUUGUUUUCUUCUUAUGUUAUUGCUGGCUUGUAUGAUUCAGAUGAUUUAUACAAGGUUUUUGGAUGGAAUGUUGUAUUGAAUUUGUUUUAUAUUCCAGGUGCUUUCUUGGGUGCCAUUGUUUCGGAUUAUUUAGGACCAAGAUUAACUUUGGUUAUUGGUGUUUCAUUACAAUCAAUUAUUGGAUAUAUUAUGGCUGGCUGUUUUGAAAGCUUGCAAAAACAUGUUGCAGCUUUUGUUGUCGUCUAUGGGAUUUUUAUGACUUUUGGGGAGUUUGGACCUGGUGAUAAUAUUGGAUUGUUAGCAUCCAAAACAUCAUGUACACCAGUACGUGGACAGUACUACGGACUGGCCGCUGCUUUUGCUAAAAUUGGGGCGUUCAUUGGUACGUAUUGUUUUACGCCUUUAACUGAUCGUUAUGGUAUUAAAUCUGCUUGGUGGUUAGCUUCAUCAUUAGGACUUUUCGCGGCCUUUUUAGCUCUAUUUUUAUUACCUUCAGUGGAUCAAAGUGCUAUGCAAGCUGAGGAUGCCAAGUUUUUGGAAUACUUGCAAAGUACUGGCUUUGAUAUCAGUCAAUUGGGUGAUGGA